GGGCUGUCGGUCUGUAAUUUAUUAUUAUCACUGAAUACAAUGAUUGCGUUAUUAGCAUAUUAUAUUGUCUUAUUACGAGUCCAUCCGUGGAUUAAAGUGGCACGAGGCCGUUUCCGUGACGCUGGACAGGACGUUGAGAAGCAGUGUGUCUGAGCUGUAUAAAAGUGACAGAAGUUUUGAAGAGCUCCAGAAGCUUUGAGGAACAGAGCUGAUUUACGGUGACAAAACCUUCUGGUCUGAGAGGCUCUUGUGAGUUGGAAAUCGUGAUCUACAAUGACGGCCGUGCUCGUGCUGAUGUUUGUGGCUCCUCUGUUGACAUGCAGCAGAGCGGACGACAAACCUGUGGACUGCAGCCAAAUCCUGAAACAGAACCCAGGAAGUGCCAGUGGAGUGUACACCAUCUAUCCAUUUUUACCAACAUUUCCUGUGAUGGUCUACUGUGACAUGGAAACAAACGGAGGAGGCUGGUCAGUGAUCCAGAGGAGGAUGGAUGGUACAGUGAACUUCUACAGAGGCUGGGAACCGUAUGUGAUGGGGUUUGGUAAAGCUGAUGGAGAAUACUGGCUGGGUCUGGAGUUCAUCCAUAAGAUCACAGCUAGAGGCAAACAUGAGCUUCUGGUGGAGAUGGAGGAUUUUGACGGGAAGAAAGCAUCUGCUCUUUACACGUCCUUCUCUGUUGAAGGCGAUUGUAACGGAUACAAACUCAACGUGUCUGGGUUUGUUGAUGGAGGAGCAGGUGAUAGUCUGAGUUACCACAACAACCAGAAGUUCACCACGUUCGACAACGACCAGGAUAAUUUCGAAAAGAACUGUGCCAAACUUUACCUUGGAGCUUUCUGGUACGACAGCUGCCACUUCUCCAACCCCAACGGCAUUUACCGCUGGGGCCUUGAUCCCAGUAUCUUUGCUAUUGGAAUAGAGUGGAAAACAUGGAAAGGGUACAACUACUCUGUGAAGUCCAUCAGCCUGAAGACACGUCCGGUUCCUUAGAGCUCCAGGAUGUUUCAUUGUCUCUGUGUUCUCCUAUAGCUCAGUAAAUGUAGCUUUAAUUUGGUGGAGGGUGAUAAUAGCCAGAGGUGGGUUGAGAAGUCCACAUUUCACAAUUUUUACACAUUUUUUAAGUACAAAGCCGGGUCCAAGAAAUCAUUUGAGGAACCUGCAAAUCAAUUAAGAAAAGGCUAAUUGUAAGAGUUGCCGUUUGGAAUUACAUAAGUUGAUGUAAUUGAAAAAAGAAUAAAUAAAUAAAAUUUAACAUUUAAAACAU